AUGAACGAAACAAGUCGAUUGGUUUCAUUCAAUGUUGCACUUGCGUUCACUGGAUGCUGUGUGAAACCUGUUGAAACAAAGUGUUAUGGAACAAUUAGUGAUCAUGCAUUGAGAAAUUGUAUUGGAAAAUUUCUACACCCCAAAAUUAACCCAGUUACACCGUUUAAAAGUGUAGACGGUGACGAUCUAUCAUUUUCUUCCAAUGAGGUGAUACCGAUAUUGGUUCCUAAGGGAACCAGGUCAUCUAAAAAAUCUAAAAAUUCGGCACCAGUAAAACCCAAAGAUGAAGUUUACACGAGUUCUUCUCACGUGCGCAGCAAUAGCUGUUUUCCUGCGAUAAAUGAUCAAGAACGAUUUUGUUAUCGUCAAAGUAGGCUGGCAGGAGGAGGAGGAGUCUGUGAUACCUGCACUCUGCUGCAGGAGCAGUAUGAAAAACGUAUGAUUAACCUGAAGCAGGAAGUCGCAAGAUUGACCGCCGAAAAUAGUGAACUACGAUGUGAGUUGAAGACAACCAAUGAUGAUGUGUUGAGAAAAGUAACCGAAACCGGACAAAACAUGGAUCAACUAACAGAGGGUGUGAUGAUUUUGAAAGACUCUUUGCUGCGUUGUCACUCGGAAAUCGCCAGUCAAUGGACAUUUUCCCUGCACCAAAUUGUUGAAAAACUGGAAGUGAUCCAGCGCGAAGGAUCACGAUUAGUGCACAGUAUGAUCGAUCUUGUUACCAGGAUAGAGAUGUCCAAUAGGAGAGAGGCAUGCUCCCGCUCCGUCUCGUAUAAAUAUCAACAGCAAGAUGAAACUUCGGAAGACGAACCAGUCCGCCUGAGUGCUGCUGCUGCAGCAGCCAUAAAUCCACGUUCAGUCGGAAGAAGUGCAAUUAUGGAAAGAGCUGUAAGGGAAGACGUCAUGAAGGAGAGGGACAUUAGGAGAAUUCGAGCCAUUUUGGAGGAUUUCAAGCGAUUGGGCAAUGAUUUGAGGAUGAUGGGAAGGACAUUCGAGGACAGAAUGGGCAGGACGAUGGAGGCUUACAAGAAAGUAAUGGAUAACAAGGAAGAGGACAUUAGCUUGAUUCGUAACCGUUGCGACAGUUUGAUAGAAUGCCUUCAGCAAACCCGCAUAGCGUUUGGUUUGGGUCCACUGCAAGAGACUGAAUCAAAAAGUCAGCAGAGCCAAACCAGUGGACCAAGUCAACUAAGUCAGCAAAGUCAAAUAGUUCAACCAAGUCAAAGUACAGAAACAAGAGACACCCAAGGGUUAACUGUAGAAGAUGGUGAAGGUGGUGCAGCUGGUGAUAAUGCAGCUUUGGUACGAUCAGCUGACGAAAUGACAAAACAGGAGAAGGAAAAUGAGAACAUCAGUACAGAACUAACAGAAAAAUUAUUAAGCUUGCAGUCAUACGUGAAGGAAAUGGAGAGGACAAGAGAGCGAAAUUCAAGGAAAAGUGAGAGGAGAAUUUCUCGUCUUAUGGAACAAUUGCAGGCCAAAAGUCACGCCAUUGAUGUGCAUUUGACAAUGCAACGGGCCGAAAUUGUAUUCGAACUAAAAGCUGCUCACCAGUCAGAAAUUGAACGAAUCACGAAAGAGUUGCAAGAUAAAUAUCGUCAAUUUUUGCAGGAGUUGAGAGUUCAAUCGGAAGAAGAAAUCGAACAGCAGGUUAGAAAUUAUUUGGAAAAUUUUUAUAUGCGUAAUCAGGGGUAA